ACAACGAGUUAAUUGCCGAAGAAUUUUAUUUUUUUUAUCAAAUAUUUUUUGAUUUUCUAAUCUUUUUCGCUAAGAAGGAAAAACGGAAUCAAUAGAAACCUUAGAAAAAAAACAAAAAAUAUUCAAAGUGUAAAAUUAAUUACUUUUUAAUACAUAAAAAAAAAAACAAAAAAACAAAAAAUAAAUAAAGAGAAAUAUAAGAAAAAAUAGAAAGAAAAAAACAAAAUCAACUUGACAUCCGUGAAUAAUACUUGGAUUUACGAAAGCCAAAGGUUUUUUCAAAUAUAUAUAUAUAUAUAUAUAUAUAUAUAUAUAUAUAUAUAUAAAUUCUUACAUCUUGUGCUUUGCGGAAAUGUUUAUUCCUUCUUCAUUUACUUUAAUUUGAAGUGAAAAAGUGAUUGAUUUUUUAUUGAUUAAACUUGGAAUAUAUUUCGUUACUAAUUGCUUACCUGUCGGUGCCCGCUGCUGUUUGACACCUGCCGUUUUAUUACAUUACUACUAGCACUUACUUAAUCUAGUGCUUGACUACUAACUAAUUUUUGUUAUCUGGUUGCAAUUACUACUCGGCUUCACCGUGGCUCUGCACUCAACAGAAGCCUUAAUGGCUGCCGGUUUCCUAAAAUCGCAAGAUUUAGGAGGCCCACCCCAUGGCUACGGAGCACCACAUCCCCAUCAUUCCGUGCCUCAUGGGCCGUUACCGCCCGGUAUGGGAAUGCCGGGCUUAGGUCCCUUCUUGCCACACACCAUAGAUGUCGGGUUCCCCCAAGGUAUGUGGGGUGCAGCUCGUAAGCAAAGACGUGAACGUACGACAUUCACACGAAAUCAGCUGGACGUACUGGAGGGCUUAUUUGGUAAAACACGUUAUCCCGACAUAUUUAUGCGCGAGGAGGUGGCAUGUAAAAUUAAUUUACCCGAAUCUCGUGUCCAGGUAUGGUUUAAAAAUCGUAGAGCCAAGUGUCGCCAGCAACAGAAUCAUCAACAGUCCAACGGCCUUAACAAUUCAAAACUAGUUGGCUCCGGUUCAGCCUCAACAUCGGGUGCGUCGUCCUCAUCACGCAACACAUCGAAUAAUGGUAGCAGUUCAAGCAAUUCUUCCAAAUCCAAUAAUCAUCAUUCGUCGUUAAGCGGUAACAGUGGUGUUAACAGUAAUAAAAAUAACAAUAGUGGCUCUACAAAUAAUAAUUCGGCAACUACAAGUUCUUCGGCAGCUGCAGCCGCUGUUGUAGCGGCCGCUCAAUCCAUGAAAUCACAGCACAGUUCCUUCCUGAAUUCGUCUGCCUCUAACUCUAACGUUACACCUUCAAUUUCUUCAGCCGUUUCUCAUGGGCAUCACAUGGCCAAUAACUCUGCGGUCUCUGCAAUGGCAAGUGUCAGCGCUUUAAAUUCAGCAGCGGGUGCGGCCCAUCAAAACUCUUCACCGCUAUUACCGACACCUGCCACCUCUGUCAGUCCCGUUAACACUGUAUGCAAAAAAGAAAUUAUAACUGGUGGCUAUCCAGGAAAUGGAGGCGCUGAUACAUUAAGAGUUUCCUCUUACGACACCCUAAAAGAAUCUGGCGGUGAUAUAGGCUCAACUGGUCAUCACAGCAUUUACGGUACUGCAGCUUCGACCAAUCCUCGCCUUCUUCAGCCUGGCGGUAAUAUAACACCAAUGGACUCGAAUUCAAGCAUUACCACACCCUCACCUCCAAUAACACCAAUGUCACCGCAAUCAGCCGCUGCUGCUCAUGCCGCUCAAUCAGCUCAAUCGGCUCAUCAUUCAGCCCAUUCGGCUGCCUAUAUGUCUAAUCAUGAUUCGUACACGAAUUUUUGGCAUAAUCAAUAUCAACAAUAUCCCAAUAAUUACGCUCAAGCGCCGAGCUAUUAUUCGGAAUACUUUAGCAAUCAAAAUCAAGUCAACUAUAACAUGAGCCAUUCGGGUUAUUCGGCUGCUUCAAAUUUUGGUCUCUCACCAAGUCCUUCGUUCACCAGCUCUAUGUCAGCUCAGGCCUUCUCGCCUGAAUACAUGACACCUCAAGAUAAAUACGUGAAUAUGGUGUAGAAGCUGCUUAAGCAAUAUUGCGGCGGCAAGUCAACGGAAGUUAAUUCUUCAGAAUUCUACGUUGGCUCAAGAACUCACAACGACUUCAUUUAAAUGACAACAUUCACAAGACAAAUAUAUAUAUAUAUAUAUAUAUAAUGAUAACAACAGAGCAAAAUACU